UAGGUGUUGGCUGCCAAUUGUAGAGUGCAAAUGAAAAGUUACGGAUUGUGUUCGUCUACUAGAAUUUGAUAAACAUAUUUUUAUUUGUGUAGUUAAAUCUACCUAUUACCGAAAACGCGUUUAAAGUGUCAUUAACCAAAGUUAAGUUUUUAGCGUUAGCGCUAUCAUUGGUGGUGGUGCAAAAAUUGCAAUUUUGGUGUACCAAAAAAGCGAAGUGAACAGCAGCAAACAGCGGAGAGGAAGGCACGGGUGAGAGAGAGAGCAGGAGCCAGCAGCAGGAAAGAAAAUUUUCAUCUGUGGCAGUAAACCUUAAUGGAAAAAUAAUUUAAACAAAAAAAAAAAGGGAGAAAAUGCUAUAAAGAAAUAAUCCCGGUUCCUAACACAACAACUAAAAGAUCUGUGGAACAAGUUGUGCUUAUCAAACAAAAAAAAAGAAAAAAAAACGAAAAACCCCAAGAAAAGAGAAAAAAAAAAACUGUAUGCCGCUCAAGCUGCCAGCGAAAAUUAGCAUUUCAGCGAAACGGAAAAGGAAACCGGAAAAUCAGUUACAGUGUACAUUAUUUUGGAACUGAAUGCGGACAUAGGAAAGUAAUCCGUUGUGUUAUCGGUUAAUUGACUCCUGAUUGUUGAUUUGCUGAGUGUGCUGAGUAAGCUGGUUCUUUACCCAGUCCCAGUGACAAAAUCGAACAAAAAAAACCCCAGCCCAGCCCAGCCCCAAAAGCAGCAGCAGCAUCCAAGAGACAACGUUCCAUUCGAACUCGUCGAGAAUCAUUGAAAAAGCAAACACAUUUUGCAUAGCCGAUCUUUACAAAUCGUUCAGUGGCACCCAUACACUCACACACACACACACAAACAUACUCUCACACACCAACAACAGACACACACACACACAAACGCACAAUCGACCAAGGCAUGCUAGGCACUAUUACUGGCAAGGCGUAAAGUUUGUGUGUGCUCUCUUCUCUUAAUAUAUGUACUACUAAAGUAAAGGAAUGUUGAAACCGACUAAGUAGUUGCCCUACAAAACGACUAAAGUAAAAUAACACAACACGGAAGGCCAAGCCCAACGAACGCACCCAAAAGCACUGGCAGCACCUGGAAAAAUUGAAUGUCCGUUGUUAGCAACUACAACUAUUAAUUCUCUGCGCAAGCCACAACAAUUUAACUAGGAGGAGUAACAAGUAACACACUAGGAAGAAACUAAACGAAGCCGCUUAAUCAGUGAUCUAAAGUCUAUCUGUCUCUUUAUUGGAGAAUCAAUUCGACCGAGCAUUGCAAUACGACGAUCGUGUUCCGACGUAAAAAAUGAAUGAACUAGACAGUCUCAGGCAGGAAGCCGAAUCCCUCAAGAAUGCCAUCCGAGAUGCUCGAAAGGCCGCCUGCGACACAUCGCUGUUGCAGGCAGCGGCCUCGCUGGAACCCAUUGGACGCAUACAAAUGCGCACGCGACGCACGCUGCGCGGCCAUUUGGCAAAAAUCUACGCCAUGCAUUGGGGCAACGAUUCCAGGAAUCUUGUAUCAGCCUCUCAAGAUGGCAAGCUGAUUGUAUGGGACUCGCAUACCACGAACAAAGUGCACGCCAUUCCGCUGCGAUCAUCGUGGGUGAUGACCUGUGCAUAUGCCCCCUCUGGCAGCUAUGUAGCCUGCGGUGGCCUCGACAACAUGUGUUCAAUUUACAACCUAAAGACGCGCGAGGGCAAUGUGCGAGUGUCCCGUGAGCUGCCCGGACACGGUGGCUAUCUGUCAUGCUGCCGGUUCCUGGACGACAAUCAGAUUGUGACCAGUUCGGGCGACAUGUCGUGCGGGCUGUGGGAUAUUGAGACUGGUCUGCAGGUCACCUCAUUCCUUGGGCACACAGGCGAUGUGAUGGCUCUGUCCUUGGCACCCCAAUGCAAAACAUUCGUCUCAGGCGCCUGCGAUGCGUCAGCCAAACUCUGGGACAUUCGAGAGGGCGUGUGCAAGCAGACUUUCCCAGGACACGAAUCGGAUAUAAAUGCUGUCACCUUCUUCCCCAAUGGACAAGCGUUCGCAACCGGCUCGGAUGACGCUACCUGCCGUCUAUUCGACAUACGUGCCGAUCAGGAACUCGCCAUGUAUUCGCACGACAACAUCAUUUGCGGCAUCACAUCGGUGGCGUUCUCAAAGAGCGGCCGACUGUUACUGGCGGGCUACGAUGACUUCAACUGCAACGUGUGGGACACGAUGAAGGCUGAGCGCUCGGGCAUUUUGGCUGGCCACGACAAUCGUGUGUCGUGUCUGGGGGUCACCGAGAACGGCAUGGCGGUGGCAACAGGAUCAUGGGACUCAUUCUUACGUGUGUGGAAUUAAGCGACAUUUAGCAUGCGUAUUCAAGGGUGGGGGCGGGCGGGGUCAACGUGGCAACGGUGGGCAGUGCGCGCAGUGGGUUAGCAGCAACAGCGGCAGCAGCAGCAGCGGCAGCGCCACAGUGGUGCAGCAACUGGUGUGGUAGUGUGAGAAAGGGGAAGAACCGGAUGUGGAUGGGGAAUGGUGGAUUAUAGAUGAUGAUGCUGAUGGUGAGUGAAAGGUGCAGGUGCAGGUGUUGGUGCUGGGUAGUGGGUGGCGGGGUGUAGUGUUAAGGCACAAACCACAUUGUCUAUGCUGUGGUAUGUGUGUGACACUAUUCCCCUUAGCCCACCCGUACACACACACACACACACACCCGUGUGCACCCAACCAUCCUCCUCAUCACUAUAUCCCCCAAUCCCCCCCAUUAUGAUUAUUUCAAAACAGCGACACAUUCGGCAAAUGACGAGGAGAGAUGUAUAGAGAAUGAUAGAGGAAGACGCGAAGAGAUAGAGCAAGAGAAAGAAAGUGAGAAAGAGCGAAAGAGAGAGAGAGAGAAAGAUAGAGAGUGCGGCGUAGCAAUGUUGACUGGAACGUAGACCACAACAACAAGAACUUUAUAUACAAAAUUAUUUAUAUUGCUAUAUACUUAUUAAACUUAUACAACAAAACCAAACCAAACAAACAAACAAAACAAAAAAAAACUAAAUACACAGACAUACAACAUGGCAAAACAUACAUACAAAUAGACAUACACGCAUACAAGUAUAUUAUUAGUGUAAAUGAGGAAUUCGAAUUGGAAGCAGAAUCUAAUAAACGAUAAGUGAGAGGAGAGCUGCCGCUGAUUAUAAUCAGAGUCAGUCAGAGUCAGUGUCAGCUGUUUAGUCAGUUUAGUCCGAAUUUCGAUUACCACAGCUACAGUUUAACUAACAAAACAAAACAAAAAAAAAAAAAAACAAAAAAAAUGAAAAAAAAAUAUGAGAAUGAAAAUGAAAAACAAAAAGUACGUAAAGAGUAAACUUAGUUCAAUAACGUAAAGUAAUCGUGCGUUUGGGGACGAUAAUUUGAUAAUGAUAAUGAGAUGAUUUGAUGAUAAAGAUGAU